AGCAGCAACAACAAGCCGUGAGCGUGUUUGUCAGCUGACAGAUCUGUUAUCCAAAUUGGGUUUUCUUUUGCUGUCGCCAUCUUGUGUGCUAUGGGGAGCCCACCAGCCAAGAUGAAGAUUUGUCCCAUCUACAUGCUUUCUGUAAGAAUCAUACAAGCCAGGAACAUCAAGUCAAGAGACCUAUGGACAGUUCCACUUUCCUGCCAAAACCUUGCGGGGCAUUGUUACUCACUGCUUGAUACCAGUCUGAAGUAUUUAGGCCUCUCGGGCUGCAGUAGACGUCUUCAGUCAAGUCCAGACUCCAGCUCUGAAAGACAUCAACUUGGAGAUUUCUUUUCACACCGUUGUCAAGCUCCACAAAUGACUGCAUCAGACUGCUAUGUGCGCUUGUGGCUGCCAUCUGCUUCAAAUGAAAAGCUUCAGACCAAAACUAUCAAGAAUUCUGACAACCCUGUCUGGAAUGAGACUUUCUACUUUAGGAUCCAGAGAGAAGUUGAGAACAUUUUAGAAUUGGCGGUGUGUGAUGAAGAUCCACUCACUAAAGAUGACAUGCAGUUCACAGUUCUUUUUAAUAUUGCUAGAAUCAGACCUGGAGAGAGAGUCCGUGAGAAGUUUGCUUUGAAAUCAGAGAAAGAGAGGUGCAUUAAGAAAUGGGAAAGUUUGGAAGUGGAAUUCUGGAUGGAAAAAAUUCCUGGCCCUCCAGAGUAUAUCAUUACCAACGAUGUCCUAGUGUCCCGUGAAGUUUGGUGCUUGGAAGUACAAGUGGACCAUAGUGAAAGCAGGAAAUAUUUGCGAGAGGGUAAAAAUCUCGUGCUUACCGUGCCUGCAUCUCAUGAAGGAACACAGAAAGCUACAGAAAACACGAAUACCUUCUACUUCCAUUGUGUAAAGGCUUGGGAGCCAGUUCUAAAAGCUAGGCUACAGAAAAUUUCUGAUAAGGAAGAUGACACAAACAAUUUAAGUGACACCUUAACAGUACCAUUGAAAUUUCUUCCUGUUGGGCAUAAAGUGAAAGUAACCCUCCCUGUAAGACAUAAUGUGCCACUGGAGUUGUAUCUCCAACUAAAUGAUUGCACGGAAAAACUUGAUGUGCGCUUAGGAUACGAUCUGUGCCGAGAAGAGCAGGAAUUCUUGCAAAAAAGGAAGAGAGUGGUUGCCAGUGCCCUGAAAAGGGUUUUUCAUCUGGAAAGAGAUCUACAUGCACAUGAGGUCCCAGUAAUAGCUGUUAUGGCAACAGGCGGAGGCCUCAGAGCAAUGUCAGCUAUGUUUGGCCAUCUCUUAGCUCUUCAGAAGCUAAAUCUGUUGGACUGUGUUACCUAUCUCACUGGGGCUUCUGGCUCAACAUGGACCCUAGCAGACCUGUAUGAACAUGCAGAUUGGUCACAGAAGAGUCUGGAGGGGCCGCUCAGAGCAGUAAAAGCACAGGUGACAAAAUGCAAGCUCAACCUUAUGUCUAUGGAGCAUCUGAAGUAUUAUCACAAGGAACUUGCUGAAAGGGCAAAAGCAGGACACGUCUCAUCUUUUACAACACUGUGGUCACUUGUUCAGGAAAUGUUCUUACAUGGACGGCCAAGAAAGUACAAACUCACAGACCAACGCAGGGCAUUGGAGCAUGGGCAAAACCCAUUGCCUUUCUAUGCAGUCCUCAAUGUCAAAGAGGAAAAGUUCAGUACUUUCAAAUUCAGAGAGUGGGCUGAGUUUUCUCCCUAUGAAGUGGCCAUACCAAAGUACGGAGCCUCCAUUCGUUCAGAAUAUUUUGACAGUGAGUUCUUCAUGGGAAGACGAGUGGAGAAACUGCCAGAAUCUCGGAUCUGCUAUCUGGAAGGUCUUUGGACAAACAUCUUUACUAGGAAUUUGCUGGAUGGCUUGUACUGGUCCUCAAAUUCAAAUGAAUUCUGGGAGCGAUGGGCCAAAGAUAUGGUAGAUAUAGAAAAACAUUCUCCUGAGGAGGAUACCACUAUCAUUGAGCCUCCAUCUUGUUUGUCAGGGAAGUUGUAUGAAAUGUUUCAGGACAUUAUAACGAAGCGUCCACUACUGGGAAAGUCUCAUAACUUCCUGAGAGGCUUAGAAUUUCAUAAGGAUUAUGUCCAUCAGAGAAAAUUUAUUGAAUGGAAAGACACUGUGCUGGACUCGUUUCCUAACAGUCUGACACCGCUGCAGAAAUAUCUUUGCCUGAUAGAUGUUGGCUAUUUCAUUAACACCAGUGGUGCAGCACUUUUCAAGCCAGAGAGGAACGUAGAUGUCAUUAUCUCACUUGAUUAUGGUUUGGGGAAUGCGUUCAAGCAAUUAGAGAUGACAUACAAAUAUUGCAAGAUACAAAAAAUCCCAUUCCCCAAAGUGGAGAUAAGUGAAGAAGAGGCAAAGAACCCAAAGGAAUGUUAUGUGUUUGAAGAUGCAGAGGACCCGAGAGCACCCAUAGUAAUUCAUUUCCCCCUUGUGAAUGACACAUUUAAGGAAUUCAAGGCGCCUGGGGUAAAGCGCAGUCUCUCAGAGAUGGAAGAAGGCAAAGUAAAUCUGGAAAACAACUGUUCACCCUAUUACCUCAUUAGGCUGAUCUACUCCCCUGAAAAUUUUGACAAACUUGUGAACCUGAGCAAGUACAACAUCCUCAACAACAGAGACCUGCUCCUUCAGGCACUUCAGAAUGCCGUAGAACGGAAAAUAAGUUGCACGACUUGGAAUCUCCCCAGCCACUCUGGAGCUGGAUAUGCCUAGGCUGGGUUUUCACUCUUUUCCUCACUGAAGGCUACGACAGUCACAUUACAAUGAACUCAUAACAAUCACAGUCACAUUACAAUGAAUCACUGUUCAUUAUUUGCAGGAGACUGAGGAAACCUGUACAUUUCUCAUCUUGCCUUGUUCAAGUUCCUAGCUUUCAAAAGGAUUUAUUUAACCUUCUUCCCCCAAGUUUUCAGACCACAAGAGCCUCACAGUGUAGUUUUACUUAAUUAGAAAUGAGAGUCAUGGUUAGCAGCGAUCUUUCAAGAAUUUCCCAAUGCUGUAAAAAAUGGUGGUGGUUAUAGCAGUAGUUGUUUACCCGUGCCUGUUCCCUCAAUCCUGAGCCCGUUAUCAGUGCUUUUUGAAUGAUACAAUUAGAAACUAAGUCCUGGCCAUUUGCAUUCAGUAAUGUCCAGAUUUUCAGCGAGGCUGAGCAGCAAGAAUUUGCACUGAAUUGAUGGGCUCAGCUCUGAAGUCAAGCCAAAGAGUCAUAUAUACCUGUGAAUAACAGCCAAUCUGCAAUGUGGACUGUUACAUUCUGUUUGGCUAAUUCCCCUUGCUGAUGUAGAAAUUAUUCCUUUAUUCCAUUCCCCUGCAAAUGUUUGGCACAGAAAUGCUGCUCCAGACUGCCACGAAGGGGGCAGUUAGUUACAUUUCAAGAAGAGAAGACAUGAGAGUAUGGUUCUUUCUUUUGAGUUUUGGCUGGAGGAAAAAUUCCACUUAAGGCAUGAGUGAUUAUUUUCAUUUAUAUGGGCAGUGCCUGUAUGAAUUAAAAUGUCAAGAGCUUUUGAUAUAAAAAACUCAGGGUGAAUAGUUACCAUAGACACAAGUAACUGUAUUUAAUUGAAGAAUGAUGACCAAGACCUAAGCUAGUGCUUCUUAUGGGUGCAAGCUGAAUGCAGGAUAAAAUAAUCAAUGUAACAGAGUGCAUAAUUACUAUAUUUUCACAAGCAGAAGAUUUUUUUUUUCCCUUUACAGUCUUUAUCCCUAACAUCACAGGCAAGGUAUUUUUAAUAGGUGCUACAUUAAAAUAGAACACAAAUAAAAAAAAGGAAAUUCUUUUCCACACCUCUUUGCUGGAGGAAAAUACUCAGAAAAGAACGAUGCCUGGUUUUCAUUUGCUUGGAAUUAUGGUGAGAGAUAUUGCCUUGAUCUAGGAGCUCGGAAUAUCUUUAUGGCUCUCCACAGCAUUAAAAAGAUAGUAGAGAACACAAAACAUAAGUUAGAGAAGUUUCUAGGUUUCAUAGCACUGAAGAAAUGGGCCUGCUUUCAGCAUAUAUAAUCCAAACAUAGGACGUUCACAGAGGCCCAGGAAACUCUUGCACAUUUCUUCUGUGUUGGAAAUGUACUUGAUAUCUAGAAUGAGUUAUACUUGAAAUCAAAAUUAAAGAAAGAGAAAC